UAGAACAUAGAUACAGAGACACUUGUCAUCAGGAAGGUUCUCUCUCAGCACAACGGAAAAUAUCUCAAUGACUUGACAUGUUCUGGUUGUGAAUUCAGGCUACAAGGGGUCAGUGCUCUAAAAUGAGUCUCUCUGGGGAGAGAAAGGAGAGAAAGGAGGGGGGGCCUGCCUCUAAAAGGAGUCUCUCUGAGGAGAGCGAGGAGGGGGGUCCUGCCUCUAAAAUGAGUCUCUCUGGGGAGAGAAAGGAGAGAAAGGAGGGGGGGCCUGCCUCUAAAAGGAGUCUCUCUGAGGAGAGCGAGGAGGGGGGUCCUGCCUCUAAAAGGAGUCUCUCUGGAGAACAUGACACCAAAGCUAAGAGCCCAAUCAAGCAGAAGAGACCAGCCUCCCCUGUUCCCAGCUGUGUGUCCAUGAAGAGUGACAAGUCUAUGAAUCUACCUGAGGUGUUUAGAGAGGGAGACUUUUCUACUGAACAAAGAAACCAACAGGCAGGAUCAGAGUCAGAGAUUCUCAGUGGUCAGUCUUCCCAGAGUCAUCAAACAGACCUGGCCUCCAUAUUCAGUUUGCUUGAAGAGAAAAUUAUGACAUUUGUGAAGAACGAGCUGAAGAUGUUCAAGAGGAUUCUUAGUCCAGAACUCCCAGAAGGCUUUGAGAGUCAGAAGCAGGAUAAGGAAGUGGUGGAUGCUGAAGAUGAGAAGCAGGAGAGCAGUGCCAGAGAGGGGGCUCUGAAGAUCACACUGCACAUCCUGAGGAAAAUGAACCAGAAGGAGCUUGCUGACACACUGGAGAAAUAUUCAGAUGAGCUCGCUGUGAUUUGCCAACGUGAACUCAAAUCUAAUCUAAAGAAGAAGUUUCAAUGUGUAUUUGAGGGGAUCGCUAAACAAGGAAACCCAACACUUCUCAAUAAGAUCUACACAGAGCUCUACAUCACAGAGGGUGGAACAGGAGAGGUCAAUAAUGAACAUGAGCUGAGACAGAUUGAGACAACAACCAGGAAACAAGCAAGACCAGAGACUGCAAUCAAAUGUAACGACAUCUUCAAACCCUUAACUGGACAAGACAAACUUAUCAGAACUGUGCUGACAAAGGGAGUCGCUGGCAUUGGAAAAACAGUCUCUGUGCAGAAGUUCAUUCUGGACUGGGCUGAAGGAAAAGCAAAUCAGGAUGUCCAAUUUGUAUUUUCAUUCCCUUUUCGUGAACUGAAUUUGAUGAAAGGCGACAAACACACUUUCAUUGAACUUCUCAAUCACUUCUCAAUGGAAACCAAACUAUCAAGAAUCUCCAACUACGACAAGUACAAAGUUCUGUUCAUCUUUGAUGGUCUGGAUGAAUGCCGACUGCCCCUAGACUUCCAGAACAACAAGAUCUGUUGGGACGUCACAGAGUCAACCUCAGUGGAUGUUCUGCUGACAAAUCUCAUCAGGGGAAAUCUGCUUCCCUCUGCUCUCCUCUGGAUAACUACCCGACCUGCAGCAGCCAAUAAGAUCCCUUCAGGGUGUGUUGACCAGGUUACAGAGGUACGAGGGUUCAAUGACCCACAGAAGGAGGAGUACUUCAGGAAGAGAUUCAGUGAUGAGGACAUGGCCAGCAGAAUCAUCUCACACAUAAAGACAUCAAGGAGCCUCCACAUCAUGUGCCACAUUCCAGUCUUCUGUUGGAUUUCUGCAACAGUCUUUGAACACAUGCUGAAACAUAAGAGAGAAGAGAUGCCCAAGACUCUGACUGAGAUGUACACACACCUUGUGGAGUUUCAUACCAAACAGAAGAACGAAAAGUAUCUUGGGAAAGAAGAGACAGAGAAUCUAAUUGACAACCUGCAAACAAAAGACAAUACUGAAGUUACUGUCUACAAGAGUGCUGUGGAUAAAGCCUUACAAAGUGAGACAGGAAACCUGGACCUUUUCCUCCGCUUCCUUCUGGGCCUCUCCAUGGAGUCCAAUCAGAAGCACUUACGAGGUCUACUGACAAAGACAAGAAUCAGCUCACAGAGCCAUGAAGAAACAGUCAAGUACAUCAAGGAGAAGAUCAGGGAGAAUCCCUCUCCAGAGAGGAGCAUCAAUCUGUUCCACUGUCUGAAUGAACUGAAUGACCAUUCUCUAGUGGAGGAGAUCCAAAGAUACCUGAGAUCAGGAAGUCUCUCUAGACCCAAACUGUCACCUGCACAGUGGUCAGCUCUGGUCUUUGUGUUGCUGACUUCAGAAAAGGAGCUGGAUGUGUUUGACCUGAAGAAAUACUCCAGAUCAGAGGAAGGUCUUCUGAGGCUGCUGCCAGUGGUCAAAGCCUCCAGAGCUGUUCUGCUGUCAGGCUGUGGAGUCACAGAGGAAGGCUGUGCUUCUCUGGUCUCAGCUCUGAGGUCAAACCCCUCACACCUGAGAGAGCUUGAUCUGAGUAACAAUGACCUGAAGGAUUCAGGAGUGAAGCUGCUCUCUGCUGGACUGGGGAAUCCCCACUGUAAACUGGAGACUCUGAGGCUGUCAGGCUGUCUAGUCACAGAGGAAGGCUGUGCUUCUCUGGUCUCAGCUCUGAGGUCAAACCCCUCACACCUGAGAGAGCUGGACCUGAGCUACAAUCACCCAGGAGACUCAGGAGUCAGACUGCUCUCUGCUGGACUGGAGGAUCCACACUGCAGACUGGAGAAACUCAAUGUGGAACAUGGUGGAGAGAACAGAAUGAACCCUGGGCUUAGAAAAUAUGUCUGUGAUCUCACACUGGACCUAAACACAGUAAACAGACUCCUCUCUCUGUCUGAGGUGAACAGAAAGGUGACAUGUAGGACAGAAGAGCAGCCGUAUCCUGAUCACCCAGAGAGAUUUGAGGUCUGUAGACAGGUGCUGUGUAGAGAGGGUCUGACUGGGCGCUGUUACUGGGAGGUUGAGUGGAGUGGAGGGGCUGUUAUAGGAGUGACAUAUAAAGGAAUCAACAGGAGAGGAAGGGGUAGGGACUGUUGGCUUGGAUACAAUGACAAGUCCUGGAGUCUGUUCUGCUCUGACAACAGUUACUCUGCCUGUCACAAUAAUAUUACCACUACCAUAGACAUCCCCUCCUCCAGCUCCCACAGAGUAGGAGUGUAUCUGGACUGGCCAGCCGGCACUCUGUCCUUCUAUAGAGCCUCCUCUGACACACUGACCCACCUGAACACAUUCACCUCCACAUUCACUGAGCCCCUCUAUCCAGGGUUUAGGGUUUGGGGUGAUGGUGACUCAGCGUCCCUGUAAAUAAUAACCUGACACAAACACACACACACACACACACACACUGGACACACACAGUGGUCACACACACUGGUCACACACACACACACACACACACACACACACACACACACACACACACACACACACACACACACACACACACACACACACACAUACAC